CAGAUUUUUAAAAGCUCCUUCAUGUUUCGAACAGAAUAUACCGGUCUCCGGCUUUCAGUAUACAUUUGUACGUCGUAUCGGCACAACUCGUGUUAAUUCGAACGCCUUCCGCAUGCAGAAUAUUUCGUAUUUUUCGUCGAAAAUUAUUUUUUUACCGAUUUCGCAGCGGUUUUGAAAUAUUUUCCGGUAUACGAGUAGUAUCGUGUUUAAUUUCGUUUUUCAAUUUUUAUUUCAAGCAUUUUCGUUCGUCGUCGAUGGGGUUUAAAAUUAAUUUUUUAUAUGAUCCAUCGGUGGUAUAAUUUAAUAAUGAUAUAAUUUCGCGGUUUUUUUCUGUUGUUCUGUUGGUGUGAAUUUUAUACUAUAAGUAUCUAACAGUUCGAGUAUUUUCCAAAAGGAUUGGAUUUUUCCUUCAUCUAACCAUGAAGUUUUCUAUAUGCAUCGGGUUUCAACUGAUCCUGGUCCUGUACCAGUCUCAUCUUCGAGGAGUUUUAUCAGAUCCGGUGAAAGCUAUGAUGCCAAAUGUCGAAGAAAUGUUACCAACGUUCGCUACCACGGGCAAAACAUUAAGGAUUCCUACAAAAGACACGGUCGUGUUUCCGUGCGAAGUCAACAAUCUGGGUAAAUACGUAUUGGCUUGGAAAAGAGGCAAUGCGAUAUUAACAGCCGGACCAACAAAAGUAUCUCCAGAUGACAGGAUUAGGCUGGUAGAAGGAUAUAAUCUGGAGAUAAGGGAUGUUCAAACUACCGAUGCCGGAGAUUACAUUUGCCACAUCGCUACCUUAAAACCCAGAGAGAUUACGCAUACUCUGGAAGUGCUAGUGCCGCCAAGAAUACAACGCUCAAAAACUGGCAGUAUGGUGGAGGUGCGUAAAGGUACGAUGGUCACGUUGGACUGCGAAGCGUCCGGUAAUCCUGUACCAACUAUCACGUGGACUCGUAAGAAUAAUUUGUUACCAUCGGGAGAGAAAUCGUUUACUGGACCGUCCUAUACCAUUGACCAGACGACGAGGCAUCAUUCCGGCACCUAUAUUUGUACAGCCAGCAAUGGCGUCGGCAACCCGGCCCAAGAACAGACCAACCUCGUGGUGCAUUAUCCGCCAGAAAUAGAAGUGGAAAAAGACUGGGUACAUACUGGAGAAGGCAGAGAAGCCGAGCUCGUCUGUAUUGUUCACGCCGAACCUCCGGCAGAGGUACACUGGUACAGAAAUACUUUACGAUUGGAUAUUACCGAAAGGAGAAUCACCGAAAAUAGAGGCAGUAGGCAUACGCUAAUUAUACGUAAAGUUCACUCGACCGAUUUUGGUAAUUACUCGUGUUUCGCCGACAACCCUAUCGGAAAGAAUAGACAGUUUGUUACGUUAUCAGGCAAACCGCAUCCGGCCAUCUUUCGAAGUAACAGCAACGGCAAACAGAAGGAUAGUUAUAAUAUUACGUGGGCUGUCAGCAGCUAUACGCCAAUCGAAGAGUACAAAUUGUCGUACAGGAGUGUUUCAGAAGCGCCGCAAACUUUCCAGCCACAUUACAUCUCGUAUCCCAAUAAAUACGAUUUGAAGCCUGGCAAAAAGGAUGGCGAUGUGAUGUACGCACCAGGAGAUUAUGAAGGAAGCGGUGCUCGUUCAAAAUGGAAGAAUUUCACGAUACAGACAACACCCAGCGACCAAUUCACUCACUCUAUGUCGUUCCUUAUUACAGACUUAGAUCCGGCCACUCAAUACGAGGCUAAAGUCAUCGCCAAGAAUCGUUUCGGAUGGAGCGAACCGCCCCGAGAAGCUUUUCGAUUCACGACCAAAGGCGCAGAAACCAAUCCAGAUUCAGCCAACGAUGUAUACUCAGAGCCAGAAAUGCGAGACAUGGGAGUUAAAAAAGCCAUGAAUGAAGCCAGUCAAACUUUUAAUAGCAUUUAUACCAAGAUUUUCGUAGCCUUUGUUUCGAUGAUGUUAUCCAAUUUCUAUAUGUCAGGUUUAUAAGAUACUUGGGCGGCGUGUGGCGUUUGUACAUGUGCGUCUCUAUAUAUGUGUAUUGUUUGUAUGUUUGUUUGUUGUGUCUGUACAUAAAUACGUGUAUGUGUAUCCUCCUCCUCCUCCUCCUUACCUAUCUAUGUACCUACUUACCUAAAACACCGACAACUUGUAACUUCCCGUACCCUACCUACCUAUAUCCAUCUUAUGUACCUAUACAUAUUUGUAUUGUAAAUAUUGUACGCAAAAGACGAUGAUUAAAUAUUAUUCUCCAUCCGAAUCGUUUCCUCGAUAAAAAAUGUACACGCACCCGAAGACGAAGAACUGCUGCUUGCUAUGCUACCACCAUCAUCGAACAUCGAAGAGAAGACGACGACAAUUGGCUAUAAUUACUUUGGCGACAGAAAGGCACUAGUUCGAUGAAAAAGAUACGCUCUAGAAUGCUGCCGAUGAAGCUGAAUUUUGGAAAUUAUGUAAUUUCCUGUUAUAGAAAAUACGAUGAUUUAAUAUGGGUAAAUUUGUGUUCGUACAUUUACGCCGAAUGAGAAAUUAUUCCGGUAUAUUUGGCGCGUUUGUGUGUAUGGUAUAUUAUGGUAUCUGUGUGUAGAACAGCUGAUUCAGUCUAUCCUUCCUACCUACCUAUAUAGUCGAAUAUUAGGUAGGUAUAAACUUGUUGCGAAUGACAGCUGCGUUAUACAAUAUUACGUACAACGUAUCUGCGUGCGUUGAAAAGAACAUACUACCUUUGGAAGAAAACUUUUUCGAUUCGAAUAAUUGGUUGAAAUUUGUACAGAAAUAAAAUGUGAAAAAAAAGAACAAAAUUUCCUGCUAAUUUAUAAAAAAAAUAUAUAUAUAAAUAGACGUUGUUAGAGAGUUUGAAGUUUGGUUGUUUUUUUUUCAUCCAUCGUGCGAGAGACUGAUUCUCUCGAGUUAUUUUUCAAUAAAGUUGAAAGUUUGUGCAAAAGUUGAACAAAAAAUUGUGCCGUUUUGUAUUCGGUUGAAAAAAAUAACGUUUUUUGAAAGGGUGUAGUUUGUGUACAUUUAGUCGAGAGAGAAAUAAAAUACGAGCAGGAAGUUCUCAUUCGACGUCGUAUUAACGUCAAAAUUACGAUUGUGAUAAUUUAGUUUUAUAAGUAUAUUUAAUCGAACGAUUGACGAAGGUAUACAUUUUUUUUUCGUUUGUACAUUUACGUGUGUAUAUGUAAGUUUUUUUUUCAAUUUUUCCCUCUCUCUGAUUUUUUUUUAUGUUAGGCGUAUUUUUUUUGUUUUUUUUUGGAGCUUGAAAAUUACAGUGUAUUGUUGUUUUUAUAAACGUUGCAAUUUGUAUUAUUUUUUUUGAUUUUUUUUUCCUUUUUUUUUUUUUUGGAAACGUGUAUGAAACGUUUGAUUUUUACUAGUCAUUGUAAAUAUGUAAAAUUUGUUUGUUAGCGAGUUUACUGUCCGAAUGCGAUUAAACAUUCCAAAAAGAAUGAUUUAAACUGUGAAAUGUGUAUUGUAAACGACUACGAACUAUGUACCUACUGCACUGUUGUAACCUAAAACAUACCUGUACCUUUCAUUUACCUACCAUUUUUUUUCAUUUUUUUUUUUUUUCGCUUUACCCUAUUUACUAUAUUCGGAUUUUUUAGGUAUUCCGAUUGACAAUCAUGGACGUCUUGAGUUCCACUGGAGAACGAUUAUUGAAAGGAUAUUGUGUUUUUGUGUAUGUAUUGUACCUAGAGCUAGCUGUGUCGACAUCAGUGACCAUUAUAUCUUGUGUAAAUUAAUAUCUACUUAUUACCUACCAAAUUGUAAUAUUUUGAUUCGUUUUAUCCGGUUGAAAAUAAUUUACGCUGUACACGUAUGAUUCACUCAAUUUUUUAAAUUGUAAUUUUGUUUGUUUGUUUUUUUCCGCCCUCCCUCCCCUUUCUAUGAAUGUUUUUACUUUUGUAAAUACUUGGAUGAUUCUGUUCAACAUUAUUGUGCUUUCUGUGUUACUAAAUAGUGACCCGUAUACAUAAACAUUUUGUAGACCUAAAGUUUUAUUUUUAGUAACGUUUGUAUUACCGUAAUAUAAAAACAAAAAAUUAUGGAGAA